ACAUAAAAGCAACAAAAAGAAUCUGUAGCUUCCAAUCUAUUUUAUUACUUUGGUAUUAAGCCAAAAAACACCUAAGUAUUAUUGAUAUCACUCGGAAGAACAAUGAUUUUUAAUGGAAUGAAAAAGUGAUUACAACUUUUAACUUUUAAAAGGAUAAUAUAAUAUCCGUACGUAUUCAUUAUUACCUCCAAUUUUUGACCGCUCAUAAAUCAGCGGUUUACCAUGUAGUUAUGCCGAAAAAAAAUUCGAAAUACGUUAAGACAUUAGGAAUAAAUAAAACACUGAACAAUGAUACUGAUGUGAAUUCUAAAACAAUUGUUGAUCAUUUACAAAGUGUUCAAAUUGGUGUUAAAAAUGCUAAGCGAUGGUUUUUACUCAAAAAGCAAAUGGGAUUCGUUUCUGAUGAUGAUCUCGUUGUUCAUCUUCUUGACCUUGCCGAUGCUGUCAGGAAAAAUGAAAAACUUUACGUUGGAAAUAAACAAGAAGAAGGCAAAAAUGAAAAGAAUGAAUCACGUGAUAUUGAAAAAUGUCAUUUAAAUUCACCCAAAAGUCGAAGUAAUCAAAUCCCCACAAAUUCUAAUAAUGAGAUGUCAGUAAGUAAUGAAAUAGAUAUAGAAAAAUCCAAUUAUUUAGAAGAAAAUUUGAUAAAUGAUGGAUCUGAAAAGCAUAAAUCUAAAACAAAACAUCAUAAGAAUAAAACAAAACACAAAGAUAAACGUAAAAAGAAAAAACAUGUUAAAAAAGUUACAGCAAAUAUUGGAGUUAUUGAGACCAGUAAUAGUGUAACUAUUAAUUCUUCAGUUGAAAAAACUAACAACAAGAAUCUUGAUGAUAGCUCUUCAUCAGUAGAUAUUUUGGAUGCUAAUUCUCCAAAAGAUUUGUCAAAAUUUUUAAAAAAAUCAAAUCCUCGUGGAUUAAGAGAUGAAUCUGUUAUUCAAAAGACUGAGAAAUUAGAUUUAGUAUUAGUAAGUAAUUUAGAUAGUAAAGAAAACAUCAGUGAAAAUUUACAAAAUGAUAAUGAUUUAAUCGAUGAUCAUACAAGUGUUCACGAAACUCCAGAAUUUACAAAAAAUUUAUCAUCUCAAUGUUCAGUAGUCAAACAUGUGAGCAAAUCUCUACAUGAAACAGAAAAAAAUAUUCAGAGCUAUUCAAAAAUAUUUGAAAAUUCUAAUUCUCAAGAAGGAGAAGAUAGAGAACAAAAUAACUCUAACAUUCAGGAAAAAGUAACGAAUUUGGAUGAAACAAGGACUUGCGAAAGUGAAAAAGAUGAUGACGUAGAGGGAAAGAAAGGAAGGAAAAGAAGAAAACAUCUCAGAAGUGAUUCUUGUUUGAAAGCGAAUGUUGAAGUAUCAAAAGAACUUGACGAAGAGUCAUCAGUACAUAAGCAUCGAAAGAAAAAGCACAAACACACCACAGAAUAUAAAAAUAAAAAGAAUCAUGAUGUGAGGAAAGCUCCACAAAAUGGAAUGAUACCUUCAGAAAUACAAGAGUCUUUAGAAUCAUCUUCUGGUCCUUUGAAUUCAUCUCAAGCUGAUUUUGAAAAUGAAGGAAAUAAUUCUGAACCUCAAAGAUUAGCCAUAAAAAUAAAAUUAUGUCAAGAUUGUAAUAAUCGUCAUAUCCAAGGAGCUUGUCCAUUAAUUUCGGCAUCUAUUGAAAUUACUGAUAAUCUUUCUUAUGAACAGUGGUUAAAUAAAUAUAACGAUAAUGUUGAAGUUAUGCAAGCUGUUACUUCUGAGGAUCCAAUGUCUGAAGGAUAUAGAAAAGCAGUUGAUGAUGGCUUCGAAUCAGACGAAGAGGCUUCUGAACAGAAAAAUAAAGCUCAGACAGAAGAAAAAAGACUACAAGUUGAUAAAGAAAGACCUUUAUAUGCUAGAGAAUCAUUACCUGAGUGUUUAGAAUUAAAAAUGACCAACUCAGAGCAUGGUUUAGGAGUAUUUGCCAAAACUUCUAUAUCAUCUUACGUGAAAUUUGGUCCUCUUAUUGGAAAAUUUGUGAAAGAAAUGGACAUUCCUGAUGAUUUUCCAAUGAGACAUAUAUGGGAGUUAGAUAUUGAUGGAAAAACCUGUUAUAUCAGUACUACAAAUCCACUCAAAAGUAAUUGGAUACGGUACAUGAGACCUGCAGAAACGAGAGAAGAAAGGAGUGUUGCUGUGGUUAUCCAAAACUCCCAAUUAUAUUUUAUUACAACGCAAAUUAUUCCACCUGGCAGUGAAUUAACUUAUUGGGCUGAUUCUCAAUCUUCAGCUUGGAUGAGAAAAAAUAAAUCAGAUAAAACAAACUGUGGUGGAUGCAAUUUGACAUUCGCCCAUUCCAUUUAUUAUCGUCUUCAUUGCUGUAUCUUCCAUGACACAAAUUAUAGCCUUACUAUUAGAAAGUAUCAUUGUAAAGUUUGUGGUGCUGCAGUAUUGGGCAAAGAUAAUAUUAUGAAACAUGCUGCUGAAUUACAUGCAGGUCGAGGAGCUUAUCAGUGUCAAUACUGUCGUAAAUUUUUCUUACGAUUAAAUUAUUUAGAAAUGCACAGAACUUACGGCUGUGCUCAAAAUCCACAACGAUCUAGACCACUUUGUGAUUUUUGUGGUCGUAAAUUUUGUCAGCCUCAAAAAUUGAAGGUUCAUAUUAAACGUAUGCAUAGCGAUAUGUCAGAAGUUCUCCGAGAAUUUCAAUGCAAAUUAUGUUUAAAAUUAUUGGGAUCACGUGCUGCACUUCAACGUCACAUGAAAGAAGUACAUCAUAAAGAUGUUGUAGGUGCAGCAACUUGUGAUCGAUGUGGUAAAAUGUUUCAAAAUAAAAGUAACUUAAAAAUUCAUAUGUUAACCCAUAGUGGAGUAAAACCUUUCAAGUGUAAAGAAGAGAAUUGUAAAGCUGCAUUUACAACAAAACAAUGUCUUCAGUUCCAUUAUAAAAAAGUUCAUGGUUUGACUGAAGAAAUGAUGCCGAAAAUUGAGCGAUCAGUUGCAUAUACAUUUGAUGCAUACAGUGGAGGACUUAUUGAAGAUACUGGAAGGGGUAAAACACCACGAUUAAACCGACAAAGUUCCGAGGAAAAAUUACAAGAGUUAUCAAGAGAAGAACUUUCUCAAAGUAGUUUAAAGAACAAUUUAUCAUCCCCUUCUAACUAUAAUAACCUAUCAAAAGAAUUAGAAGCAGAGCCAACCGUAGUUAAACAUCCUUUAGAUCAUGAGGUUGCAAGUAAUCAAUCACCACUAUCUCAAGAAAUUGCUACUCAUGUUAAUGUAAAUGUAUCGAUGGAUUCUUUAUCUAUUAAUAAUGCUCGUCAAGAACAUGAUACUUGUGGGCCUUCAAAAUUGCAAUCUAAAGGAAGUAAAAAAUGGAUGGGAGAAUUUAAUCCUCCAGUAACCACGAAAAUUUCUGAUCAUUCUAUGCAUUCUUCUGUAACAUCCAAUCUACCGCCCGUAACAUCAACAGAUGUUUAUGAUUUCGAAGAUACUAUAAAAAAAGAUGAACAACGAUCUCCUCCAUUACCUACAUCAUCAUUAAUAGAUGAUGGCAAGCUCUCCUUAAGUGUUUAUCGAAGGACAGAAAGCACAAAUGCUAGUUUACUUGUAGAAGCAGCAUUAGAUGCUGCAGAAAGAGAUAUUGGAGCAGUUUCCAGCCCAAUACUUGAUGAUUCCGACAGAGAUGGUAAUUUAUAUACCAUUUCAAAUCAGUUACAAUCUCCACUCCCUUCCAGAUCUCCAGAUCCUCAUUUGGAGUCUUACAUUCAACAGCAAGAAGAUUUAAUGUCUCCAGUACCUACUCCAGACAACAGAAAUUCAUCUCCAACUCACAUUCAUUCAGAUUAUCAUCUUCAUCGGUCAAUAGAAUAUGUAAAUACUAAUAGGACCCACAACAUUGAACAAUAUCUUCAUCACGAAGAACCUCCACGUAGUUCACCAUCUUCAAAUAAUUGUAUACAUAUGAUACAAGAUUUGAAUUCACUUUCUACAAAUAAUAAUUCUAGAUAUCUUGAAGUUCAUCAUCACCAUCAUCAUCAAGUUCCAACAGAAAAUUUAUCAAGUGAUGAAGGAGAUUCUGUCGCACAAAAUCUUAGUAUUUCUGUUAAAGAAAAAGCAUUACAGCUUGAUUUAUCUACAUCAUACAAAUAUGAUCCACUUGAUUUGGAAUUUGGAAAUCGAGAAAGAGGAAAUUUCGAACCUCUUUCAUUUAAUAAUGGAGAAUUGCAAGGAUUAGAUAUGUCUGCAAGAGGAUUCCACAGUUUUGGAUCUCAAAUACAAAGUGGCAGGUACCAUCAUCAUCAUUUGUAUGAAAUUUCUGAAAGUCAAAGUGUUGAUCUCAGUAGAACUAGUGCUUAUACUAUUUCAUCUCCGCCUCCAUAUUCUCAUAGUGAUGUAUUAAGAGUCGUUAGUUUAGAUCUUACCCCUGGUGGAAGACAUAGUGUUGAUUUAAGCCUUUCAAGAUCUCACCAUCUUCAUGGUACUAGUACGAGGAUGAUUACUAGUCCUAGACCUCCAGCUUCAACUACUCCACAUAUUGUUCCAGACAUCGUUGAAAAUCGAAUGGUUUCUUCACCACCACCUCCAUUAACUAGCUAUAAUUCAGCUUAUCCUGUCAGUCCUACACCUUAUCAUCCACCAAGGCCUGGUUAUCAUCAUUAUUCAGAUAUCAGCAUUAUGAUUACAGAUCGAAAAAAUAAAUCAAUGGGCUGGUCGAACAUAUCAUAAUAAAUUAAGAAUCACAUUAGAUACAUGAUGGAUUUCGCUAUUACUAUUACUUACUUUGAUUUUACAGACAAUAAUAAUUUGUUUUAAAUAAAAUUACAAUAGAAAAUAUUCGUAACAAUUUCAUUGAUUUGUUAAAAUAAAUUCCGCUGUUGUGAGAAAAAACUUUCACUGACUGCGGUUUUAUGUUAUAUUCCGUACUGAUGUGUUAGUUGUCUCUUCACUUAUAACUCUUACACUUUAACUACCUAGUAUAACGUCUGGAUUCGUUGACUGGUAACCCGAGAUCGCAAAGAGGCAUACAAGUGACCACUCUGUACAAUCGAUACUUUUACGUUUUUGUACGGUCUCUCAUAUUGAAAAUACCUUUGAUUGAAGGUUCAAUAACUGUUGGACAUUUGAUUUUAUUUUCACUAGUUGUUCAAUG